GUGUGUGAGGUGAAGCAGAGUCUGCCGGGCUCAUUUCGCCGCUCCUCCACCCGGCUGCUCUCUCUCUCGAUCUCUGGAUCCUCAGCGCAAUGGCGGACCAGCAGCAGCAGUUCUACCUCCUGCUGGGCAACCUCAUGAGCCCUGACAACACCGUGAGGAAGCAAUCAGAGGAGACCUAUGACACCAUUCUUGGCCAGAACAAGAUCACAUUCCUGCUGCAGGCCAUCAGAGAUGCAUCUGCUGCAGAGGAGGUCAAACAGAUGGCGGCGGUGCUGCUGCGGCGGCUUCUGUCGUCGUCCUUCGAGGAGAUCUACCCGGGCCUGACAGUGGAGAUGCAGACGGUCAUCAAGACGGAGCUGCUGACCAGCAUCCAGCAGGAGACCUCGCCGAACAUCCGCAAGAAGGUCUGCGACAUCGCGGCCGAGCUCACCCGCAACCUCAUCGAUGAUGAUGGGAAUAACCAGUGGCCAGAGGUGCUCAAGUUCCUGUUUGACUCUGUCAACUCUGACAGCGUUAACCUGCGAGAGUCUGCCCUGCACAUAUUCUGGAACUUCCCAGGAAUCUUCGGCAACCAGCAGCAGCAUUAUAUGGAGGUUAUCAAGCGCAUGCUCGUCCAGUGCAUGCAGGAUCAGGCAAACCCACAGAUUCGCACCCUGGCGGCUCGGGCUGCAGCCUCCUUUGUUCUGUCGAACGAGAGCAACACGGCGCUGCUGAAGCACUUCUCCGACCUGCUGCCAGGCAUCCUGCAGGCGGUGAACGAGUCGUGCUACCAGGCGGACGACUCUGUGCUCAAGUCCUUAGUGGAGAUCGCGGACACGGCGCCCAAAUACCUGCGGCCCAACCUGGAGGCCACCCUGCAGCUCUGUAUGAAGCUGUGUGCCGACACCAACCUGACGAACAUGCAGAGGCAGUUGGCGCUGGAGGUCAUCGUCACCUUAUCGGAGACGGCGGCGGCCAUGCUGAGGAAACACACGGCCAUCGUGGCUCAGAGUGUGCCCCAGAUGCUGGCUAUGAUGGUGGACCUGGAGGAGGAUGAAGAAUGGGCCAUGGCUGACGAGCUGGAGGACGAUGACUUUGACAGUAACGCCGUGGCCGGGGAGAGCGCCCUCGACAGGAUCGCCUGCGGUCUGGGAGGAAAGAUCAUUCUGCCCAUGAUCAAGCAGCACAUCAUGCAGAUGCUGCAGAACCCCGACUGGAAGUACCGCCACGCCGGCCUGAUGGCGCUGUCGGCCAUCGGCGAGGGCUGCCACCAGCAGAUGGAGGCCAUCCUGCAAGAGAUCGUCAGCUUCGUCCUCCUCUUCUGCUCCGAUCCCCACCCAAGGGUACGCUACGCCGCCUGCAACGCUAUCGGACAAAUGGCCACCGACUUCGCCCCGACCUUCCAAAAGAAAUUCCACGACAAGGUGAUCUCAGCCCUGCUUCAGACCAUGGAGGACCAGAGUAACCCUCGGGUGCAGGCGCACGCCGCCGCCGCCCUCAUCAACUUCACAGAGGACUGCCCCAAAUCCCUGCUGAUCCCGUAUCUGGACAGCCUGGUGCAGCACCUUCACGUCAUCAUGGUGGCCAAGCUGCAAGAGUUGAUCCAGAAGGGAACCAAACUGGUCCUGGAGCAGGUGGUGACGUCCAUCGCCUCGGUGGCCGACACGGCCGAGGAGAAGUUCGUGCCGUACUACGACCUGUUCAUGCCGUCGCUCAAGCACAUCGUGGAGAACGCCGUGCAGAAGGAGCUGCGGCUGCUCCGCGGCAAGACCAUCGAGUGCAUCAGCCUCAUCGGCCUCGCCGUCGGCAAGGAGAAGUUCAUGCCGGACGCCUCCGCCGUCAUGCAGCUGCUCCUCAAAACCCAGACGGACUUCAACGACCUGGAGGAUGACGACCCUCAGAUCUCGUACAUGAUCUCAGCCUGGGCCCGGAUGUGUAAGAUCCUGGGGAAGGAGUUCCAGCAGUACCUGCCCGUGGUGAUGGGUCCCCUGAUGAAGACGGCAUCCAUCAAGCCGGAGGUGGCCCUGCUCGACACCCAGGACAUGGAGAACAUAUCGGAGGACGACGGCUGGGAGUUUGUCAACCUGGGAGACCAGCAGAGUUUCGGCAUCAAGACGGCCGGCCUGGAGGAGAAGGCCACAGCCUGCCAGAUGCUGGUGUGUUAUGCCAAAGAGCUGAAGGAGGGCUUUGUGGAGUACACAGAGCAGGUGGUGAAGCUGAUGGUUCCUCUACUCAAGUUUUACUUCCAUGAUGGUGUGCGGGUGGCCGCCGCCGAGUCCAUGCCGCUGCUGCUGGAGUGCGCGCAGGUGCGAGGACCGGAGUACCUCACCCAGAUGUGGCACUUCAUGUGCGACGCGCUCAUCAAGGCCAUCGGCACCGAGCCGGACUCCGACGUCCUGUCGGAGAUCAUGCACUCUUUCGCCAAGUGCAUCGAGUUGAUGGGAGACGGCUGUCUGAACAACGAGCAUUUCGAGGAGCUGGGCGGCAUCUUGAAAGGAAAACUGGAGGAGCAUUUUAAGAACCAGGAGCUCAGACACGCCAAGAGAGAGGAUGAAGACUACGAUGAGCAGGUGGAGGAGUCGUUACAAGACGAGGAUGAGAACGACGUGUACAUCCUGACCAAAGUGUCAGACAUCCUGCACUCGGUGUUCAGUAGCUACAAAGAGAAGGUGCUGCCGUGGUUCGAGCAACUGCUGCAGCUCAUCGUCCAGCUAAUAUGUCCCACCAGGCCGUGGGCGGACAGACAGUGGGGCCUGUGCAUCUUCGACGACGUGGUGGAGCACUGCAGCCCCGCCUCCUUCAAAUACGCAGAGGUCUUCCUGCCGCCGAUGUUGCAGUCACUGUGCGACACGAGCCCCGAGGUCCGGCAGGCGGCCGCGUACGGCGUCGGCGUCAUGGCUCAGUACGGAGGGGAGAGCUACCGCCCGUUCUGUACAGAGGCCAUCCCGCUGCUGGUCAGAGUCAUCCAGGCAGCCGACUCGCGCUCCAAGGAGAACGUCAACGCCACGGAGAACUGCAUCUCCGCCGUCGGAAAGGUCAUGCGGUUUCGACCGGAGUGCGUGAACGUCAACGAGAUCCUCCCCCACUGGCUCAGCUGGCUACCGCUCAACGAGGACAAAGAGGAGGCCGUCCACACGUUUGACUUUCUGUGUGACCUCAUUGAAAGCAACAACCCCAUCGUCCUCGGACCAGACAACGCCAACCUUCCUAAAAUUUUCCUCAUCAUCGCAGACGGAGUUGCAAACGAGUCGGUCAAGAACGAAGACCCGUGCAGCAAACGGCUGGCAAACGUCAUCCGCCAAGUACAGGUGUCGGCAGGGUUAUGGACGCAGUGUGUCUCGACGCUGAACGACACGCAGCAGAAAGCCAUACAGGACCUACUGAAUACUGCCUGAGCCCGAAACCCCCGGUCACCUCCCCGCUCUUUUAAAAAAAAGCCCAUGAAGAAAAGUCGAGCUCCUGGAUCUCCUCCAUCUACUCCCUCUUCUUCCUCCUGCUCUGACCGCCACCCUGACACCCCACGCCAUUACACAACUCCGCCUACAUUCAGCCGACUGGUGGGGGAGCAGGUUGGAUCCGUAUGACAAUGGAGGACAUUGGCCAUCCACCGAAAAAGACGUUCACCCCCGUAUCCAAAGGACGUGGGAGUAAAGUGUCCCGUCUCAUCCCGGUCUUCUAUCUGGACGUUUUUGUUUCCAACCAUUCCCUGACGUUUGACUCGCCGCGCCCAGAAGGGACUCAUUCUCCACGCCGCCCAACACAAACUCAUUGGACAGUCAGGCUCAGAGGGGGCCACAGUGGGGGGAAAUGGGGACAGGACAUUCUAGUGGACUGAGCAAUCGAAUGAGGUGGAAAAUGCACACUUGGGCGAUCACUGCCUGUCUCCUGUGAAUUUAUUUUUUUGUAUUUUUAUUUCUUGUUCCGUGUUCCCCAGCGUUACCUGGGAGGAAACGGCCUCUUUGUCUGCCUCAGCUCAGAGGGCAACGUUUCAAAAAGUAACGGCAUGUUAAGUGGCUAACUCUUAGAAAAAAAAAACAUAUAGUUAGGAGAUUUCCAUCAUCGUUGUCUGGGAGCGUUGAUUAAAAGCAGCUUUUCCUCCAUAGCCUUCCAGAUAGCUGUUCACAGGAAAACCAGUGUGAAGAUGAAAUGUUUUUUUUGUGCUUAACGGUUCUCGGCCCUUUAGGUAGCAGCAGCGUAACGAGUAAGGGGCUCUCGGAAAAAGAGGCGCAAUAAUCUGUAGUUUGGUCGCGGCCAAGUUGGAGGAACAUGAAUUGUAGAGUAUCUGUAAAAUGCGUGUUACCAUACUCUUAACUUUAUGGUUUUGACCCUUUGCAGCCCUGCAGGUAUGUGAUGGAAUACCACAAACUACCAACAAUAAAAUUCCAUUUGAGAAGUUC